UUCCACGCUAUGUAUCUCUAUGGCAGUGGUCUGAGAGAGGGGUUGACCCGGAAGCGGAUCCUCGCUGAGGUGGAAGUUGCGUUUAGUUUCCGUUUGCCUGGCUUUUGGAGCGACGAGAAGUGUCUCUAGUUCAAGAUGUCGAUAGAAAUCGAGUCCUCGGAUGUCAUCCGACUAAUCAUGCAGUACCUGAAGGAGAACAGCCUGCACCGUGCCUUGGCCACUCUGCAGGAGGAAACCACAGUGUCCCUGAACACAGUGGACAGCAUAGAAAGCUUUGUGGCAGACAUUAAUAGUGGUCAUUGGGAUACAGUGUUGCAGGCAAUACAAUCCUUGAAACUGCCGGACAAAACACUCAUUGAUCUGUAUGAACAGGUUGUUCUGGAAUUGAUCGAGCUUCGGGAAUUGGGAGCUGCCAGAAGCCUUCUGAGGCAAACUGAUCCAAUGAUCAUGUUAAAGCAGACUCAGCCAGAACGAUACAUUCAUCUGGAGAACCUUUUGGCUCGGUCCUAUUUUGAUCCACGCGAAGCAUACCCAGAUGGAAGCAGCAAAGAGAAGCGGAGAGCUGCCAUUGCCCAGGCUCUGGCCGGUGAAGUCAGUGUUGUGCCCCCAUCUCGUCUCAUGGCAUUAUUGGGACAGGCUCUGAAAUGGCAACAGCAUCAAGGACUACUCCCUCCUGGUAUGACUAUUGAUUUGUUCAGAGGCAAAGCAGCUGUUAAAGAUGUUGAAGAAGAAAAGUUCCCCACACAACUGAGUAGGCAUAUUAAGUUUGGCCAGAAAUCUCACGUGGAGUGUGCUAGGUUUUCCCCAGAUGGUCAGUAUCUGGUCACAGGCUCUGUUGAUGGAUUCAUUGAAGUAUGGAACUUCACCACUGGGAAAAUCAGAAAGGAUCUGAAGUACCAGGCACAGGAUAACUUCAUGAUGAUGGAUGAUGCAGUCUUAUGCAUGUGUUUCAGCAGAGAUACCGAAAUGUUAGCGACUGGAGCACAGGAUGGGAAGAUCAAGGUGUGGAAGAUUCAGAGUGGGCAAUGCCUGAGGCGAUUUGAAAGAGCACAUAGUAAAGGAGUCACUUGCUUGAGUUUUUCAAAGGACAGCAGCCAAAUCCUUAGCGCCUCUUUUGACCAGACCAUCAGGAUCCAUGGCUUGAAAUCUGGGAAGACGCUCAAAGAAUUCCGUGGCCAUUCUUCAUUUGUGAACGAAGCUACAUUUACGCAAGAUGGGCAUUACAUUAUCAGCGCAUCCUCUGAUGGCACUGUGAAAGUUUGGAAUAUGAAAACUUCGGAGUGCUCUAAUACUUUCAAAUCACUUGGCAGCACAGCCGGGACAGACAUCACUGUGAACAGUGUGAUCCUGCUGCCUAAAAAUCCAGAACACUUUGUUGUUUGCAACAGAUCGAAUACAGUUGUCAUUAUGAACAUGCAAGGACAAAUUGUGAGAAGCUUCAGCUCUGGUAAAAGAGAAGGCGGUGACUUUGUCUGCUGUGCCCUUUCUCCUCGAGGCGAAUGGAUCUACUGUGUGGGUGAAGACUUUGUGCUCUACUGUUUCAGUACAGUGACCGGCAAACUGGAGAGAACUCUGACCGUUCAUGAGAAGGAUGUAAUUGGUAUUGCUCACCAUCCCCACCAGAAUUUAAUUGCUACCUAUAGUGAAGAUGGACUUCUGAAACUGUGGAAACCAUAGAACUUAUUUUAGUCCCAUUCAGUGCAUGGCUCUUGAAGGCACAAGGAAAGUAUGUGUAUUGUUGGGCGCUUUUCCCCCAGUUCAUUUUGAGGUCCAAAAGUGUUAGUUUAUCUUGAAUAAUUUCAUAUAUGCAUCCAAAGAGAGAUGCCUAUGUUAAUUUUGAGACAAAUGUAAUUUUAAUAUCUAAAUGACUAGUUAUGUGACCAGGAAGCAAAAGCAGUUCCACUUCAAAAAAUGUUCUGUAAGAUCCGUUUCCUUUUACUGCUAAUUAUAGAAUUAUUCAUAAUUCAUUGUAAUUAAAUUGACUUGGAAAGAUACUUCCAGCUACAACAAAAUGAAGGAAAACAAGCAUAGAGCUUUAAUGUCAUAAAGUAAUUGCGUUAAAGUU